AAGAAAUCAAUUUACUUUCAGCUGAGAUGAAAAAAAAUCAUUUUAUAUAUAAUUUGACUUACAUUUGUUUUGAUUUUCAACUGAGUUUAGCAUUCUUAAUUCAUUUCCUUAAAUAUGCAAGUAACUUAGAUAGCUUGGAAUUAUGGAGUCACAAUAUCCAAUAUGCUAGUCGCACAUUGGUCACAGGUACUAUACUCAAUGCAGUUAUUAAUGAUUUGGACAAUGCCAAUAUAAAGUUAGAAUUAGAAAUACUUUAUAUUAGUGGCAAUGAUCUAAAUGAUAUUGAUGGAACAUUACUGGGAAAAUUAUUUAAAAUAGCUCCUAAAUUAAAAUGUCUAGAAGUAAGAAACUGUAGGCUAUCAGGUGGUACUCUGAGGGCAAUGAUCACAGAAUGCCAGAACAGUGAAGAUACAGUAUGCAAUAGUCACAAGUUGGUCACAGGUGCUAUACACAAUGCAGUUAUUAAUAAUUUGGACAAUGCCAAUAUAAAGUUAGAAUUAGAAAAACUUGAUAUUAGUGGCAAUGAUCUAAAUGAUAUUGAUGGAACAUUACUUGGAAAAUUAUUUAAAAUAGCUCCUAAAUUAAAAUAUCUAUAUGUAAGAAAGUGUAGGCUAUCAGGUGGUACUUUGAGGGCAAUGAUCACAGAAUGCCAGAACAGUGAAGAUACAGUAUGCAAUAGUCACAAGUUGGUCACAGGUGCUAUACUCAAUGCAGUUAUUAAUGAUUUGGACAAUGCCAAUAUAAAGUUAGAAUUAGAAAAACUUGAUAUUAGUGGCAAUGAUCUAAAUGAUAUUGAUGGAACAUUACUUGGAAAAUUAUUUAAAAUAGCUCCUAAAUUAAAAUGUCUAGAUGUAAGCAAGUGUAGGCUAUCAGUUGGUACUUUGAGUGCAAUGAUCACAGAAUGCCAGAACAGUGAAGAUACAGUAGACCUUGACUAUAAUGACAAAAUGAAAAAUUUAAACACAUUCCCCAAACUGAGUUAUUCAGACAUAAAUAACUGUAGGAUGACACAGGAAUGUGGUUGGAUGAAUACAGUUUUGAAACGCUACAGGCUUAUACUGAAGGACAAUAACCUUUCAGAUAUUGAUGGUACAUCACUUGCUGAUUUAUUCAGGGUACAUUGUCAACAUAAUGAUUAUGAAGAUUAUUUUGAAUAUUAUUAUAAGGAUACAAUUUUCAUUCUGAGUGAUUAUUCUCUUACUUUUGAUAACAUAGAAAAGCUUGUUGAAUCAGUAAGUGAAAAUAUAACAUUGGAUUGGGAAAGUAUAGAUCUGAGUAGGAUUAACCUGUCUUCAAUAAGUGGAAUAACAUUAGCUCGCCUAUUUAAUAUCUGCCCAGACCUGAAGCAUAUUGACAUGAGUUACUGCAGUUUAUCAGGCAGAAUUGUUAAUAAAAUGAUAGAAGAAUGUUGUAGGAUGAAUGUAGUAUUAAACGACAUCAUGCUUAGUCUAAAGGGCAAUGACCUUUCAGAUAUUGAUGGUAAAUCACUUGCAGAGUUAGUCAGGGUAAUUUGUCAAUUUGAUUCGGAUUAUUAUGGUUAUGAGGAUGCCAUUUUCAGUUGGAGUGAUUAUUCUCUUACAGCUGGUAACCUAGAAAUGCUGGUUGAAUCUGUUGGUGAAAAUAUAACAUUGAAUUGGGAAGUGAUAAAUUUGAGUAGGAUUAACCUGUCUUCAAUAAGUGGUAAAACAUUAGCUCGUCUGUUUAAGAUCUCUCCAGACCUGGGCAAUAUUGACAUGAGUUACUGCAGUUUAUCAGGCAGGAUUGUUAAUGAAAUGUUUGUGGAAUGUAGUGUUAUGAAUGCAGUGUUGGAUGUCAACAUGCUCAAUCUGCAGGGCAACAACCUUUCAGAUAUUGAUGGUAAAUUAUUGGCAGAAAUAAUCAUAGUGUUGCAUAAGCCUAUUAUCCCUUUUAUUUGGAGUGGUUAUUUUCUUACAGCUGAUAACCUAGAAAAGCUGGUCGAAUCAGUAGCUGAAGAAAAUAUAACACUGAAUUUGCAAGUGAUAGAUUUGAGUAAUAUUAACCUAUCUUCAAUCAGUGGAAGAACAUUAGCUUGCCUUGUUAAGAUUUCUCCAGACCUGAUCCAUAUUGACAUGAGUUACUGCAGUUUAUCAGGCAGGAUUGUUUAUGAAAUGAUAGAAGAAUGCUGUAAGAUGAAUGUAUUAUUGAAAAAGAACAUGCUUAAUCUGUGGGGUAAUGACAUUUCAGAUAUUAGUGGUUAAUCACUUGUAGCAAAUUUGUUGUGACUAUAACUAAUGAAUUGUGUAAAACAAACAUACACCACAUGCUUAUAACAUACUGUAUAUAUGUAUCAAUCAAAUUAAGCAAUCACAUGCUGUUAUAUUAUAUACAAAUAUGAUAACUACGUUACAAUGCAACUACAAAAUAAUAUACGACCAAUGCAUUCAGU